GCGGACGCGGCGGCCUUCGGCCCUGCAGAUUGGCCUGCGGGCCGUCUCGCCUCGGAGCGCUGCAUCUGUCCUCUCUCAGCACCUCGGCAGAGCGGAGUUGGGCGGCGGGGCUGGAGCCCUGCCCGCCCUGUUCGACGGCCCAGAGCGCUCGAGCGGACAAUUAAUAAGUUACUAUGAGUCUGUUAAAUUGUGAAAACAGCUGUGGAUCCAGCCAGUCUGAAAGUAACUGUUGUGCUGCCAUGGCCAACUCCUGUAGCACUGCAAUCAAAGAUGACAGUGUGAGUGGAAGUGCCAGCACAGGAAAUCUCUCCAGCUCCUUUAUGGAAGAGAUCCAGGGAUAUGACGUAGAGUUUGACCCACCUCUGGAAAGCAAGUAUGAAUGCCCUAUCUGCCUGAUGGCCUUACGGGAAGCAGUGCAAACACCAUGUGGCCAUAGGUUCUGCAAAGCCUGCAUCAUCAAAUCCAUAAGGGAUGCAGGUCACAAAUGUCCAGUUGACAAUGAAAUACUGCUGGAAAAUCAACUCUUUCCUGACAAUUUUGCAAAACGAGAGAUUCUUUCUCUUACGGUAAAGUGUCCAAAUGAAGGUUGUUUGCACAAAAUGGAACUGAGGCAUCUCGAGGAUCAUCAAGCACAUUGUGAGUUUGCUCUUAUGAAUUGUCCACAAUGCCAGCGUGCAUUUCAAAAAUGCCAAUUUAAUAUUCACAUCCUUAAGGAUUGUCCGAGGAGACAGGUUUCUUGUGUAAACUGUGCUGUAUCCAUGGCAUUUGAAGACAAAGAGAUACAUGACCAGAACUGUCCUUUGGCAAAUGUCAUCUGUGAAUAUUGCAAUACCAUGCUCAUCAGAGAACAGAUGCCUAAUCAUUAUGAUCUAGACUGUCCAACGGCCCCAAUCCCAUGUUCUUUCAGUACUUUCGGUUGCCAUGAAAAGAUGCAAAGGAAUCACUUGGCUCGCCACCUGCAAGAGAAUACCCAGUUACACAUGAGAAUGUUGGCCCAGGCUGUUCAUAGUUUAAAUCUUGCUUUCGAUGCUGCCUCUCCAUCCCAGAUGCCUUCUGGGUAUCGCCCAGAAAUUGAAAAUUUCCAGGAAAUCAUUCAACAGUUAGAGGGUCGCCUUGUAAGACAGGACCAUCAAAUCCGGGAGCUGACUGCUAAAAUGGAAACUCAGAGUAUGUAUGUAAGCGAUCUCAAACGGACUAUUAGAACCCUUGAAGACAAAGUUGCUGAAAUUGAAGCACAACAGUGCAAUGGGAUUUAUAUUUGGAAGAUUGGUAACUUUGGGAUGCACUUGAAAUCGCAAGAGGAGGAGAAACCUGUGGUCAUUCAUAGUCCUGGAUUCUACACAGGCAAACCUGGAUAUAAAUUGUGUAUGCGCCUGCAUCUUCAAUUACCAACUGCUCAGCGGUGUGCAAACUACAUCUCACUCUUUGUCCACACAAUGCAAGGAGAGUAUGAUAGCCACCUGCCUUGGCCCUUCCAAGGUACAAUACGCCUUACGAUUCUGGAUCAGUCUGAAGCACCUAUAAGGCAAAACCAUGAAGAAAUAAUGGAUGCCAAACCAGAGCUGCUUGCCUUCCAGCGGCCCACAAUCGCCAGGAACCCGAAAGGUUUUGGCUAUGUAACUUUUAUGCACCUGGAAGCCCUAAGACAGAGAACCUUCAUUAAGGAUGAUACGUUAUUAGUGCGUUGUGAAGUCUCUACCCGCUUUGACAUGGGUGGGCUUCGGAAGGAGGGUUUUCAGCCACGAAGUACAGAUGCAGGGGUGUAGCAUCCCCCUCAUUUGUUUAAAACAACAAACUGUAUGGAAAAAACAGUGCCUUCCCUUGCCUUGUUCUCAAUAAUAUGCAAACAAAAACGCAGCAGGAAAGAUGUAAUACCCACCAGUGAAUGUUGUUAGAGAGGUUGCUUCUCACUUUUUCCUGUUACAAAUAUCUGAGGCAGGUUUUUUUUAGGGAUCUACACCUUCCAUGCUUUUUCAGAAAUGUUAUAUCUAAAGUGCCUGUGGCAUGCAGCAGCUGUUUUGUCAAUGAGUAUACCUCUUUGUUGUACUUUCAUGGGCAUUUACUCCAGUGUCUUAUUGUCACCGAGCCCAGAGUUGAAUGUGGAAGCUCAAACCUUUUAAUAAUAAUGAACUUUACUUUAAAACUUCAGCUUAUUUUUAUAUUAUUGUAUAUAACAUAUUAAAUGUGAGAAUCACUACUACCUUGUGCUAGUGCCAGUAUGAAGAGUUGUUGCACUAGAGUGAAGUUCUCAUUUUAUUUGACCUCUUAUAGAUUUCAGAGGAUUUGAAGCAUAAUCCCUGGAAAGCUUAAGUUCUCAUGUUAACUAAGGAUAUUCAGGGACUGGUUUAACCCUGAAUAUAACCUUACUUUUUUAGUAUAAACAUUUCAUCUGUUGAAUAAAACCUGUUGAAGUGUUUAAUUCUGCAUUGCUUAUAUAUUUCCUAUGACCACAAAGUGGCAGCUUCUCCAGAGUUUAUGCUGAGAACCAUAUGGAUACCAACUGCUCAGCAUUAAGCUGUGUACCUCUUUUAGUCUGUUUAGUGCAGAGUGAAUGCAAAGCCCUGCACAUGGCUUCUGUGGUUUAUAUACACAAAAUCCCAGCAUAAGUAAAAGUGAUUCAAUUAGUCAACCAUUAUGACAGUUCAGAUUGGUGGUGAUAGAAGCUGUAUGAGCCAGAAAUUUUCAGCCCUUUUCAGUACCCUCUGGUUUAGUUUAAUUAAAUGGAAUGAAAUUAACUUCCUACAAAAAAGCAACGUUUUUUUAAACGAGAUCAUAGGAGGUAUGUGAAUGGUCACUAAACCAAGGUUGGAAGUCAUAAUGGUAAUAUCACAAGUUAACUUAAGUCCAACAGCCCCCCUGCAGGUUCUGAGGGGGCAUCCUAUGGUAUGUAUUGAAGUGACUAAUAGGGAGAGGUGAUGUUUAUACUAUUAUAUAUUUGUUAUAAAAUUAUACGUAUAAGAAGUGGAAUCUAGUUCUCAGGGAACCCUAAAACUAGUAUGAGUGCUUAUAAAGAAUCUAAGAAGAUUCAUCCACUCUUGUUUUAUACAAGAUUAAAGUUUCUGGUAAAGAGAGAUGGUAUUGGUCUCUAAGAGGUCAGAUCAGAGGCCCCCCCCAGCCGGCAUUCAAGAUCUGCCUUAAUUUCAAGAGGAAGCAGAAUGCUUGUCUGUGGAGAGGAGUCUGGUUUUCAGUUCACAGAAAAACAGCAAGUGUCACUAUGAUCUUUCCCUUUGUUUUUAUCAACCCUCUCUCCCCACUCCACCCCAUCUUUGAGCUUUUGCUCUGUGGAGUUUGUUAUGGAGUGAAAAUAAAGGUCAAGUAAAGACCUUGUUUGGCAUGAUGUGAGUACCACAAGCUCAUAGCUAGUGACCAGUUUAUUGCCUAAGUGGUUUGUAUCUCUUUCCAACCAGUUUCUGAGAAUAUUUGUAGCACCACCUCUAGGUUGAAAAACAAGUGCUACUGGUGUUCCUGUGAUUGUUUUUCAGUGAAUAAAUAAUUAUCAAGUUCCAUUUUAAAAGUAAGCAGCAAUCAUUUUUUGUAUUUGCUUAGAAAAAACCUGAAAGAAGUAAACAUUUUUGAUGGCUUAUUUUCUUUUUGCAUUCUUAGAUUUUUUUUUUUUACAUUUUCUAAAUGAAUGUACUUUUAUCAGAGAAGAAAAUUAAGUUGCCACAAAGCAUCACACCCCCCCGCCCCACCGCUUUUAAAAAAGGAAAUGAUAUUUAAAAGCUUCCUGGUCAAAUUUCUAUUAAAAGCAAGUCUGUGCAUUAAAUACUAAGAAGAGUCAUUUCCUGCUUGGUUAUGGGUUUGUUUGUUUUUUUUUUUCCCCCCUCAGGAGUCUUAAAAACAGUUUUUUGCUAACUUAAACUUUUCUUAGCUUCAAGUUUCCCAUCUAUAAAAUUAGUUGAACUAGAUACUUCUAAGGUCCUCUCCCCAAUCAUAAAAUUCUGUCUUUAAGAAAUUAAGUUCUAAACAACAGAAUAUUGAUAAUACUUAAGUAAGGAUUAUACCAGUAGAAAAUUGCUUUAAUUUUUUUCUUUGCUGCGAUUAAUAUUGUAUUUCAAUUUAGUGUCUGUCAAUUAAGUCAUAUCUUAAUUAAAAUGAACAUUGUGGCAUUUUAUAUCAAACCAGUUAACUUAUGCUAGUAAUUCAUUGUAAAUGUAGAGUAGAAAUAAUCAUCAAUUUGUCAUUCAACUAGAAAUCUCAAGUCUCAACUCAGAAUCAAAUCAAUGACAGCUUUUACCUAAAAAACUGGGUUCAGGGGCUGGGGUUGUGGCUCAGUGGUACAGCAUUUGCCUAGCAUGUGUGAGGCACUGGGUUCAAUUCGAAGCACCACAUAUGAAUAAAUAAAAUAAAGGUCCAUUGACAACUAAAAUAAUAUUUUAAAAAACUGGGUUCAUCUUUAUAAUCUAUGAAUCUCCUACCCCACUCAAACACUGGUUUCAUCCAGUUGGUCUAUAAGCAUUGGGGCUGUGCAUUUAUAUUUUUGUGAAUUGUCUUUUAACAUAUUCAUUUUUUGGCAUUAUUCUGAGUCAUUGCUAAAUUUUUUUUUAAAGUCAUUUCCUCUUUGUUCAGAGAUGUCCAGCCCAAUGUUGGAUGAAAUUAGCUCCAAGUCAAACAUUUUACUAUUAGAAAAUAAGUCUGGAUGCUGACUGAUAGUUUAGUAGUUUAUUACUAUCCUUUGGCUAUUGUAGCAAUGACAGCUUCUGGCUCUCCUACAAUAUGCUUCAACUUUUAUUUGGGGGAUGAAUAAUAGAAGAAAGUGAAAUAGUAGUUUUUACUCGAAUGUUGGACAAGUAGAUAUAUAUUGGAUGAUCUCUAGCAAUUAAUUUUUUGUGACUAGUAUAAUACUAUGUUUUCCAUUACUGUUUUUUUACCAGUAAGUUUCAGGUAAACUAAGAUCAUUCCCAUGAAUUAUGAAUGCAGUUAAAAUUCUUAGAGCAGAGCAAAUGCUUGCCAUUCUUUUAUCCAAGGAGUUGACCAAAAAACGUUUUUAAUUAUUUGAGAGAUUUUUCUAACUUAAGAUUUUGAAGUACUUUUCUUUGACUUGGUUACUAAUAUAGCUCUUUACCUCAACAAAAUUCUCCUAAUUAUACCAUCAGGUAUGUUUUGGAUUUGAGCGCGCGCGCACACACACACACCUAGUUCCCUAAAAGCCUUAAAGAAAUGAAAAAAGGAACAACAAAUACUCAUUUCCUUUGAAAUAUUCUUUUUAAAUUUCUAGGUUUAGAUUCCCAUGAUAAGCUACAGUUAGUUUCACAGUUGCUAUCAUGUCUGUAGAAUGGGUUGGCAUUUCCAGAUUCCUAAUAUUCAGAAAGGUGAUCAUUUGAAACCAAACUGACUAGAUGUCAACAGGUUCUAACACUCUUUUACAGCCUUCACUUUGAGUCAAGGACAGACACUUGCAAGGAGAUGUCUAGUUUCACAAAAUUUCACCUGUUUCUUUAUGUUUUAAAGCUUCACUUGCUGAAAAUCAGAUUAUUAUAAAAUAAAACUGAAAAAUAAUUCUUGAUGGGGAAGAUGUUCUGUGGAAUGAGAUGUGGUGCUCCUUUUCCCAUCAAAAUGCUUUCUCAACAGGACACUAGGCCUGCCUCUUAAGACAGAGAAGGAGGUCAGGCAUGCUUCUCUGCUCUGGAGAUUUGCAGCUCUGCAAGUAGUUCAGUCCUCCCAGGAAAAUCACCAAAGCAGCAGUAACCACAGUUCGCUGUCCUGGUACCCAGAAGAAGGUAAAGUAUAUAUAUAUGGGACAUGGACACUGUUCUGGUCAGUGCUGAGUCCCCUGUACUUAGCACAGUGCCUGGCACUUAACACACACUCAAAUAUGUAAUAGCAUUCAGUGAAAGCAAGGGUGGAAGAUCAGAUAACCAGUUUGGUAGCCUGUUUGUCAUGAAAGCAGUAGGUGGUAAGGCACAGAUGUUACUUUUUCAGUUUUUUCCUCCCAGUACUCGAUUAUGAAAUUUUUUAAACAUGCAGAAAUGUUUAAAACUUAGUGAACAUCCACCACCUAGACUCUACAAUGACAUUUUGUUGCAUUUGCUUUAUCAUUUAAUAAACAUUGCUUUUAAUGAGA